AAAGGUCGCAAAUUCAUUCAUUCGCGGCAUUGAAAGCCAGAGUUGAAACGUGCUGUUGGGUUUUAACAAACAUAGACACAUUUAUUAUUUUAUCAGUCUUUGCGUUUGUGCUUUUAUUUCAGUUUAGGAGUUUCGGAGUCUAUAAAGACAUGAUUAAGGAUAACUGGAAUAUUCCCCCCAACGCACCCGCGUGCAUGGAGAAACAUUUAGUGUCUGCUCACUACAGAGCUGAUGGAGCUCUGCUUUUAGCAGCUUCCAGUCUAACUGGUAGGUCCUGGAUGGGCUCCAUCUGGGUGUACACCGACCCAAAGCAGGCGCCCAACGAGGGCUUCUGCAAGGCUGGGGUUCAGACUGAUGCGGGGGUCACACAGGCUCAGUGGGUGUCCGAGAAAGGCAUCCUGGUUGCUUCGGAUUCAGGUGCUGUGGAAUUGUGGGAGCUGGCGGAGGACGAGCGGCUGCUGGUGAACCGUUUCAGCAAGCAGGAGCAUGAUCACGUGGUCACCAGCAUCAGCACUACAGCAGGAGGUGCUCAUGCCAUCAGCGGUGGCAUGGACUGCAGUGUCAGAAUUUGGGACCUUAGCCAAGAGACAGUCAUCAACACAUAUUUUGCCCACACCAUGCCUGUCAGCUGUGUGGCCGGCUGCCCUUCAGACGAAGCCCUCCUUCUCUCCUGUGGUCAGGAUGGUCGGCUGCUUCUAUGGGACCGCAGAAAACCCAAACCGGCAUCUCGGCUAGACAUAGUGGCUCCCAGCUGUUCGCCUACCACAGCAGCAUGGCACCCACUCCAAAGCAGCACGAUUGCCUAUGGUGAUGAGCUAGGAAGGGUCACAGUGAGGGACCUGCAUACAUCUGAGCAAACCCAGACGCUGAACACCCACAAACGCAGGGUGACCGGCUUGGCUUUCUCCGCCCACAGUGCCCCACUGCUAGCCUCCACAAGUGAUGACUGCAUGGUUGCCGUGGUGAAUGCAGAGCUCAGAGAAAUUUUCAGAGACAAGAAGCACCAGGACUUUGUUCGCGGAUUAUGUUGGGCCACUGGCGGGUUGGACACCCUCACCACAGUGGGCUGGGACCACCAGGUUCUCCACCACAGUAUCAGCCAGUCUCAACCAACCCCCCAACCCUAGAGGCAGCCAGGAAGGGGAGAGAGACGGGUAGAGGAGACAUUCAGUAGAAUCAGGGACUAGUUCGGGGUCCACUGAGUAUUAGCUGUAAAAAAAAAAAAAAAAGAAAAAAGAAGGUAACUGGUUAACUAAAUGCACUUCCCCAACAACCGCCACACCCUCCCUCCUAAGCCCUCCCCUUGGUUGAAAAUAAAUUUGAUAGAAAUGCUGAUGGGAAUUUGCGUGAAGAAUGUCCUAGACUUUAAGACGUUUGUUUUUGUUUACCGUUGACUUCACGGCUUCCUUACUUGUGUGCCUGACCCGGGUUGGAGGUAUUCUCCACUUCGCACCAGUUUCAGUCACACUUAGACACUUGAAUGUGACUAGACUUUGUCAUUAUAUUAUUAAGUCCCUUUAGAAAUUAACAAAACUAUGUGGCCGUUAACAUUACAUUUAAUACAUGUAUGCCCAUAAGCAAUUGUUUAUUUCCAAGUCUGUCUGUCCAGUUUGUGUCUAUGCAUAGUCCCUGAAUAGGUAUUAACUUGGCUUUAUAGUCUUCCUUAGCAUAAUUGUUCCACUGCCCACUACAAGUUGCAUAUUUGUUACAAGUGAAAGGAAAAAAUCAAGCAGCAUAGAGCUUCUGAAAGCAUUGUAGUGCUUGCUCAUACUUUUUCACUUGCAAUCAGCAAGUGCUGAUGAGCUGGGAAAUUAGGCCGCGAUUGGCAAUACGGAUAAUCAUCCUAACUGGCCCAUGAACACAUUAGCAGUCUUGACUUAAUGUACGAGGCUACCUGGUGAGGCAAAUUGUUGGUCAAGUAGUUAAUUGGAUUGUGUCGUUGAGUCAACUGUUUUGAGCAUUCGUUAAAAUAGCCUUUCCCUAUUAGGACUAGAGUAUAUGUGCAGCCGUGGACAGGCAUGACCUGGCUCCUGCACUCUACACCAUGUUAUGUAAACAACUUCUGUGAGAUACCCACAACACUCACAAAUGUGUUAUCUCUGAUAGUCUGAGCCACACAGAUUUUCACCAAGAACUUUGCUCAAUCGGUAUCUUUGAGAUGACCAAGAAACUUAAAUGACGGUCAUUCAGACCUAAAUGCUAGCUAACUCUCCAGACGUACUCACUGUUUCUGUACAACAUCAUUGUUAUUCAUGUAGUUAUUUUUUUUUAAACUUUUCUGCGGGUUUUGUUUGUUUCAUGCACAUCCAAUACGGUCCUUCACAAUGUUUUUGUACACUUAUACAGUCUUUAAUCUUGAGCGUAUGGAUGUGAGUGGAGUAUGCAUCAUAAACUGAAAUAGCUGAACAUGAUCACAGUUGUUAAACCUCCUAUUCUCUAAGUGACACUGACCCGUAUGUUAAACACUCUCUCUGUGUCUCUGAGAAUGUUACUCAGUGUUGGUUAUCAAUUGAAAUAAAUAUGAAAAGAAAACACCAA